AUGGGCGCCUGCGGCUCGAGGCCGUUCUCCAAGCGAAGGCAGGGGCGCAAGGCACGUGCAGCAGCGGAGAAAGAGGCCGCCGACCAGGCGACCACUGCUGCUGCAGUGGCCGCUGCGGCUGCGGCGGAGACUGCCACGGUGGCAGAGGCGGCGGCGCUGGCGGCCGCGGCGGCAGAGAAGGAGGCGGCUGCCAUGCCGAGGUCGAACACGGUCGGCGAGAUCUCCACCGACGACCUUGGCGAAUGGUCUCCAAACUCCUCUCUUGGAGCCGGCUCUGUCUCUUGCCUCACACCGGCAGCGGCCAGGCUGCGCGUGCGGCUGGUCAGCGGCUUGCGGCGGGCGAGCCUUCCGAACGGCGCCACCCUCUCAGUAAACAGGGGCGCGUGUGGGGCGGCCGACCUCUUGGAGGAGUACCUCUCCCUCGGAGGCGAUGCGGGACGCUACGAACUGGUCACGCAGAACCAGCGCGCCCGCUUCGAAGCCGGCGAGGUGUACACGCACGUCGGCCCGCUACUCCUCGCGAUCAACCCCUUUCGCCCCCUUCCGGGCCUUUACGACGCGGCGGCGAUGCGGCAGCACGCCGACCCGUCCCGCCCAUCGGAGGUGCCUCACGUGUACGCCGUGGCGCGAGAGGCGUGUGGAGCGCUGCUGGGCGGGCUGGGCAGCGAGAAGGGCAGCCACUCGAUCGUGGUCUCUGGCUGCUCGGGCAGCGGCAAGACGGAGACGGCGAAGCACGCGCUCACAUUCAUCGUCUCCUUCUCGCUGGGCGGAGGUGGAGGCGGAGGAGAGGGCGAUGUCGAGGCGGUGGGAGCGAGGCUGCUCGCCGCGACUCCUCUGCUGGAGGCGCUCGGCAACGCCUCCACCGCCCGGAACUGGAACUCGUCCCGCUUUGGCAAGGGCGUCCUCCUCUCGCGGAAUCUUUGCGGCGACGCGGCCGCGGGGCGGGGCGAGGGCGGGCUGCGCGCCAGCAUCCGCACCUACCUGCUCGAGACAUCUCGCGUGGUUGGCGGGGCGGAGGGCGAGCGCUGCUUCCACGUGUUCUACCAGCUGCUGGCCGCGCCGCAAGAGGCGCUGUCGCGGUCGAAGCACCACCUCUCCCCGCUGGCCGCGCCGCGCGACUUUACGAUGCUGAGCCAGUACCAGGGCUCUCCAGCGGCCGUCGACGACGCUCGCGGCUUCGAGGCGACGGCGUCGGCCCUCGCCGCCGUCGGCCUGUCGCCUGCGGAGGCUGAGGCGCUGCUCUCCCUCCUCGCCGCCCUCCUCCACCUGAGCAACGUGGACUUCGACGCGGAGGCGCCCGCCGACCGCCUCUCCGCGCGCACGGACGCGGGGCUCGAGGUCGGCUUCUCCUUCAUGCACGACUACGACGCCGCCUCCGCCUCCGCCUCGCCCCGCUUGUCGUCGGGCGAGGGCGGGGAGGGCGACUCCGCAGACAUUCUGCGCCGCAUGUUUGGGCAGGGCGAGGAGGGCGGCGAAGAGGGCGGCGAGGCUGGAGGGAGCGCGCCCUUCACGCCGGGGCCGCUCACCAAGCAGGCGGGGUGGAUGGCAGAGCGCGAGGCGCAGUAUGCGUUCGCGCCGCCCUUCUCUCCCGACGGCACGCUCGUCCACGCCACCGCCCUUCUCGGCGCGCCAAACUUGGGCGACCUCCUCACGCGGCGGCGGAUCGAGGUAGCGCGCGAGCAGAUGACGAUUGGGCUCGCGGAGGACUACGCACGCGACACGCGCGCCGGGCUGCUCAAGGGCAUCUACGCGCGCCUCUUUGCGUGGGUGGUGCGGCGCGUCAACCAGUCGCUCCGCGAGGCUGCGGCCGCGGGGGCUGGCUCGGAGCGGGCCCUCGCCGACGCCGACGCGUCUGUCGAGGUGCUCGACAUCUUUGGCUUCGAGCGCAAGGGCGUCAACUCGUUUGAGCAGCUCUGCAUCAACUAUGCAAACGAGAAGCUGCACCACCUCUUCCUCGCCGCCCUGCUCGCGGCGGAGCGGCAGGCGCUGCUGCGCGAGGGCGCGUGGGGCGACGAGGCGGCGCCCGGCGGCGGCGCGCCCCGGCCCCUGUUUGAGGACAACCAGCCCUGCCUCGACCUCUUCGAGGCGCCGCCGUGCGGCAUCCUCCUCCUGCUCGACGAUGGCGCCAAGCUCGCCGGCGCCACGCCCGCGGAGCGGCGCCGGCGCGCGAGGGAGUUCGAGAGCCAGCUGCGCAGCGAGCACGCAUCGAGCAGCCGCCUCGUGCUGCACAGUGCGGCAAGAGGAGGCUUCACGGUGCGGCACUUCGCGGGCGACGUGACAUACGCCGUCGACCAGAUGUUUGCAAAGCUGGCCGAGGUGCCCGAUCGGCUCUUGGCCGAGCUGCCCUCGCUGGGCUUCCUCUUGCCGGGAGGAGGGAGCGGGGACGCGGGAGGGGCCGGCGGCGCGGAUGCCAAGGCAGGUCGGCGCCCAAAGUGGACGCCGACGCGAGCGCAAGGGGCCGGCGGGUCGAGCGUCGCGGCGCCGCCGCAGCGCGCCGUCUCGCGGCUGCAGCCGUCGACGGCGCGCCUCUUCCUCGACGAGAUGGCCUACCUGCAGCACCGGCUCCGCCGCUCGACCGUCCAUCACGUGCACUGCGUCGCCCCCAACGCCGACGCGGCGCCGCGCCGAUUCGACGAGGAGCUGGUAGGGGAUCAGCUUCGCUCUCUCGGCACCGCCGCCGCCCUGCAGCUCGCUUUUGCCGUCCGGCUCCCCUACCCCACCCUCUGCGCUUCCCUGCGGGGGCACCUAGCGCCGACCGCUGCCGGCAUCGCGCUGCUGCCGCGCCGCGCCGCGGAGGCAGCCCUCGCCGUGUGCAAGGUGCCGCCGGCCGACUACCGCAUGGGCACGCGCGCCACCAAGCUCUUCCUCAAGCCUCGCGCCGCGCGGAGGCUGCAGCAGCUCCAGGCGCUCGACGCGCCGGUGGACUCGUCGAACGGUCGGUCGAUCUUCGGAGGGGCGAUGAACCGACGGUGA